CGUGGCUUUGUUCUAAUUAGCCCCACCCUACUGCAGCAUGGCUUUUCACUUCAAAGCUAUUCUUUUUGUCACCUCGCUUUCUCUCCUGCUUCACACUCUACUCCUGUACUGCCCGGUGGAUAUAUUGUUCAAAUCCAAAGAUCCAUUGCCUGUAAAUGCUCUCAGACCUCAAUUGCAUUCCCUCCUUCCUCCUGCAAACAGACUCGUCUUGUUUAUUGUGAGCAAUGCAACUGCCAGUGAUGCAUACUCGGUAAAGAACGAGGACCAACCAGACUUACCUUUCAUACGCAGUGUCAUUAGGAAGAAAGGAAGAUGGGGGAUAUCUUAUUUUAGCAAUAGUGAUGCUAAUGAUGACUUUUAUAAUAAUAAUAAUACCAGGAACUCUCUUCCAUUUUUGACUGGUACUUAUAGUGACCAUAAUGAAGAUACUGUGCUUAGGUCAGCAAGCAAGGUCUGGAUAUGGUGCAGCCACGAUGGGUCCUGUUUGAAUAAUGACACUGGUACUAUCACUCAUUUGUUUGAAUCUCCAGUAACAGCAGUGACAACAUCCAAUGCGUCGCUUAACUGGAUGUCUGAUCACAUUGAAAACUUAUUUCUAGUCAAAGGAAACGAAGAGACAGUGGGCGAGGAGCUAAUGAAAGACAAGACGAUAUUUUAUUUUAAUUUUGGAUCAGCAGAUCUGUCUAGCAUUGAUACAGCCAUGCAAAACAUAUCGAGUUUCUUUGAUUCAUACUACAAAGACAGAAAGACCACAUUCGUAUUUACUGCAUCAGUACUUGGUAAUGCAACUAUCGAGUCUUUACCAUUGAUGCUGCCAUUUGUAGCAUGGGGUGCUGGGAUUAAGAAUCCACGCUCAAAACACAGCAGUUUACUAACAGUUCACGAUGAGUGGUCAGAGCAGUGGGGACUAGAGCGCCUUGAGAGAGUGGAUCUGGAUCAAACUGACAUUGCACCUCUUCUCUCCAUAUUAAUUGGUACACGGAUACCUCUUCAUUCGUUGGGGGUACUACCUGUACACUAUAUUCAUUAUAAUAAGGAGUUCUUUGCCCAGGCGUUUUAUUCAAACGCUUUGCAGCUGCUGGAGUUAGUCACUGCUAAAGAAAAGAGCCUUCAUUCACAGUCUUUGCCAUUUCUAUUUCGCCCCUAUCACAAGUUAACUCAGGAAAUUAAGCACAAGAGGAAAACAAUGAUUUCCAGUUACAUUAAACAAAGGAAGUUACAAGAAGCUCUUGAUCUCUCAAUGGAAUUAGCAUCACUUGCUAAAGAGGCCAUUCAAUAUUAUGAUGUCUAUCAUCAACUUUCCGUACGACUGAUAAUGGCAUCACUCCUCUUAGGUUGGAUAUCUUAUCUUGUUACUAUACUGACCAGACAAGAUCAUGAUAUGGAACCAGCAGACUCAAGAAAGAGAGGAUUGUACUAUUUUAUUAUAUUUUCUUUCAUUUUGGGGCUUGGAUUUCUACUCUGGUAUCAAGGCAUGCCUCCUCAUUUCAUGAUCUAUUUCUGUGGAGCACUCCUUCUCUGGUCUAGUGCUAUCAACAAUUGCAACUAUGUGAGUCGUNUGAUAAAGGAAAGCUCCAAGAAUCCUGCUCAAUUUUACACAAGUAAUUUUAUCAUUUUGGCUAGUAUUGCUGGAAUUGAACUAGUUGUAUUGAGUUUUAAUGGAAGACCGUAUUUACUCUCUUUGCUAUGGAUGGGUCUCUCAUUGUGGCCACUUUUAACUAAACAAGGUAGAGAGAACUUCCAUUCAUCAUUGUACUGGUCAGUCUCGUGUGUAAUAAUGACUGUAUAUCUAUCUAUACUGUCUAAAAGUAGCGUGCCAUCUAUUCUAAAUACAGCAGUUGGUUUAUUAGUGGUUGCAUUGGUAUUGUUCCUUCUUCUAAAACCAUCUAUCAGCUAUGCACUAACAAGUCCCAGUUCAUCUUUGUUCAACUCAAAAGUUACCCUAUGGAUCCAAUUGUUGUUGCUCCUCCUAGCCAUUUUCAUUAGCAACCCACUAAUAAAGCUGUAUGUCAACACCCAUUAUGUGAAGUUAGGUGUUGUAUUGAUGUCCUUGACACUUUUACUUGGUUUGUCAUUGAGUGUUUAUGGCCGUCUUUUGCAAUUAGGAUUAUUCAUGUUAAUUCUUUUCAUUAUUUCAUCUAAUGGCAAUAACGGGUCGAUAAUCUUCUUAGUUUUAUUAAGCCUAUGUCAUUACACUUGGCUAGUUGUGGAAGAUUUGCUGAUUAACAGAAAAGACAAUAAAGUGACUAGCCUAUGUGAUGGUGUUAUAGCUUACAAGCCCAUUGAGACUCCCGUUCUCAUUCCAAGGAAUGAAAUAUCAAAUACGGAAUAUACUACAACUUUUAGAAGAGCAGUGAUAGCAUUUACUGUAAUAGCGACUUCCCUUCAUCACCUUGACUGUCCUAAUCUAUUACAUGGUUAUCAAGAUGAACUGGUAUUGUUUAGCUCUCAAUUUAUUCUACUGAUAACUACUACAUUGUGCUGUUAUAACAUUCUGGGUUCUUUGGCAAAGUCCUCGCUAUUGGCCAGUUUAAUAAUUCUAACUGUUACUGUGGACCUGAUGCCUCUUCACUUUCUUUUCUUCAUUGAAGGAACUACUACUAAAGAUGAGAGUUUGAUUUAUUUUUAUGUCAGUAUUGCUCUAGCAAUGUUGCUCCCUUUUCUAUUGCUCAUUGUUCAAGUGCUGACAGGCAGAGUGAUCAUUCCAAGGAAAUCUGAUGGGCUAAAUGAUUGACGGUAUAUAGUACUUAUUUAAAUAAUAAUUAUUAAAAAUAAUAUAAUUUUUGUGAUU